GCGACUGGGACUGGGACGGCGCAUAGACACCCUGCAACGGGACUGUCUUUUCCACGGGGAUUGCUGCCCGCGUUCUCUCGCGAUCACCACGGACCUACGGCAGGAUUUUCGAUCCCCAAGGAGCCUAAUGUGGGUGGAAGUGAGAUGGCAUCCAGGGAAAAGAAACCCUUAGCGCCUUCCAAAUCGAAACAGAAGGCGAAUAACGAUCCUGUCUUGCUAUCCAAUGAGGUCAAGAGUAAGAAAGGCAAGGCAUUGCCGAAUAUAAAGCAGCAGCAGCAACUUGCGCAAGAGAUAUUUGAUACGGUAGCGACAGGUAGUCAACUUCCUGUUAAAUUAGAAGCGAGCUUGCCGCGUAGGAAUGCCCUUAAAAAUCUGAAACGCAAACAGAAUUUAAGAGCAGCCAAGGCAACGCUCAUCAAGUCCAAGGUUUCCAGGAAAGUGACCAACAAGGAUAUACACAGGGUAGCUCCUUACGUCAAGAAGGGUGCCAAGGGUGCGAAGAAAGUUAGGCAGCCGGAGGACGCGACCGUCAGGGCAGCCGAUAUCGCUCCGAAAUUUUCAGAAAAUCAGGCAAACAACGGGGACAACGAAGGCAAGGGAACUACUGAGACACCGAGUAAAAGUGCCAAGAGUAAUCUCAGGACCAAAAAGACCAAAUCCGACGGUCAAAGUAAGGAAGAGGCUGCCGCCGUUCUAGCUACGUCAUCUAGCGCUAAAGUCAGUCCGAAACUUGGCAGAAAAGGAAAAACGACGGAUAGUCCUGAUUCUUUGUCCAAGAGUGCCAAAACAGUCAAAUUGACAAACUUGAAGAAGAAUAGUACCGGUCUCGUUAAAGUUACGGAGGCUGACAGCAAGGGGACGACGAGUGCAGGGAAAAGCCGGAAGAGCACCGGCAAGGACGUAGAUUGCGGUAGUGGUGCGAGAAACAAUCUUAGCGUUGAAAAAUUUCCAAAGGCGGCUUUAGACAACAAGACGUCUAUUGAUCUUACUAUAGAUCAAGUCAUUGCCUCAAUGUUGAGCGACUCCGAAAGCGUUACGGACAAGACUGAAGGAAAGGUGACGAGGAGUAAGAAAAUGUUGGUGGAGGAAAAUAUUGCUUGCGAUAUCGAGAUAAAGAAAGAACCUGACGAUGACGUUAAAGUUACAUCGGACGGAGAGUCUAUAGAGACGGAUCAAGGAUUUCAUUUUCAAAACGCCAUUCAGUUGAGAAAAAGGUCGAAAGUCGGCUAUAUCGAUCAAAUAUCUCAAAGGAGCUUGCGAAAUGGAAAGCAGCGUCAAUUGUCAGAUUUGGGAAAUUCCGCGGAUAACGAUUCGAAAAAGCGGCACAGGCUCAAUUCGGAUGGGACUGUUGUCACGGAUCAUUUGUUAGAACAUAUCUCGGAUUGUAAUAUAAAUAUCGACUCUUGCUUCUCGGAUCCUGGUUGUAAUGAAUCUCCAAGUAUUGUAGCAUCGAACAAAGAGGAGGUUUGUUCCAAGGAUGGAGCGUCUAAUUUUAACGAGGACAUUGAGACUGGAUCGGGAAUAGAGAACAACAAUAACGGCGAUCGCGCAGACAGGACAGGCGAGACCGGGCCGAUUCUGCGUUCCAAAACGAAAGCUAAAACUGUCGAGUGCGAAGCAACGAGAGACGACGAUGUUAAAACUGAAGACGCGCGAGUAGCGCCCAGGUUAGGCACCGAAGCACAAGAAGAUUCGAAGAAACUCAAUAAUUUGGAGCAAGUGAAGAAAGAUAAUAUUUUAGCCAAAUUUACAGACAAAUCUAAAGGUCGUAGAAGUAGUUUAAACGUAGACGUGAAGAAAACGGUCAAUUCCUUUUACAGCGCAGAUAAAUCAGACGGUACGUCAAAAUCGGAUAUAGAUCAAAUGAUUGAAGACAUUAAAUUAAAUAUUGCAAAAUCUAUUGAAAACAGGAUCUUUGGCCCGGAGAAAGGUCUUGGAUUAAGUAAAAAUUUUGACGUGCCCAAGAUCGAAGAAAUUGUCGCCCCACUCAGUACGGAGUCUCAAAAGAUGGGAUUAGAAGACAGUACCGAUGAGGAUAAGCCCACCGUUACGAGAAAUGAAAUCACGUCAGAUAAUUCAGAAAAUUCAAUACCAAGAGUGGCCGAUACUGCCAAAGAGAUCGAAGAGAAACUAGUCAAGUUUGAUAUUGGGGAAGCGGAGACACAUUCGCAGAACGUCCAAGAGAACAAGGCCUCUGAUAACGACAUAAUUAAUGAUGUACAUAGCACUUGCGAAUCUACAUGUAAUAUAAAUAAUAAUAGCGCUACGCAACAAUCUUACAAGAAUAUGGUUGAACCAGAAGAGAAGAACGUUGGUUGUAGUACAGCCAGCGGCGCCUUAGUCAACGUCAGUGGUAACGAGUCAAAGACAUUGGACGAAAAUAAAAAGAUUACGAGAAAGUCUUUGAGAAUCAACGAUAAAUGUUCGGACAGCGUCAGCAAUAACGAGACGAGGAAAUCGAAUAAAACACCAAAUAAAACGGUCUCAAAUAAAUCGGAUAACGUGGAGGAUGUUUUAGCGGAUAUACAAAAGUCUACGAGCGAAGAAACAAUUUCAGAGGAUCAGCUUUCGGAUGACAAUGCUGUGGCUUUAUCAGUAUCCGCAUCGAUGUCUCCUGAGCAAGCGGAGGAGAGAUUUAUGGAAGGACGUAUACAAACGAGAGGAACAACGGGAUCGGAAACUGAAAUCUCUCUCAACGUAAUGGAUAAUUCAGAAGAGUCAGAAACAUUGGAAAGUAUAUCUCGUGAGGUAGAAAGAUUAGUAGCGGAAGACCACUCUGCCAAACCAUUACCAAAUACUACAAGUGACGCGAUACAAAGUAAAGAUAUGAUUUCUGAUACCAAGAUACCGGAUAAGGAGCGGGAAAUUCUAAGUACAAGUAAUCAGGAAGCAUCUAGUUGCUGCGAUGACAAUUCUACGCCAUUAGGACCACCUGUCAAUGACACAACUGAGACACCGUGCAAAAGUUACGUAGGUGGCAAGUCUACUGAAGACACAACUGAAAUGUUACGAGAGAGCGAUGUGUCUUGUAAGACGGCGCAAAGCGUAAGGCGUUCAAAAGUGAACAAUAACUUGCUACAUGUACCACGUGCUCUAAACUGUGAUUUGAAUAGCGUAAAUUCUCCGUCUGUACAUUGCACCUCUGACCGACUGAACGAUGAAACUACGGAGCUCGAGCACGGUAAUAAUUGUAAAGAAUUAAACAAAUCUAGCGUUACGUCAAACAUGACUGAUUGUGAGAAUAUCUCGGAGCAAACGUCAGGAUACGAUGAAGCUGCUCUAAUGGCCGAUCAAAUCAAUAAAUCCUCGGACGGUAAAGAUCCUGAUGAGCGGAAACUUGUUAACGAGGAAAACAGGAGGGUGUUGAGAACUCGCGAUAAGCAGAGAAAAAUUGAAAACAGGCAAGCCGCAUCUCGCAACCGAGAAUACGCCGACAACGCAAAAGUCAAGAUGGAGGAAGUUAAUGCGAUUCAAAAAACGCAGAUUUCCGGUCUACAGAACGACACCGAUGAAGUAAUACAGAGCUCGGUCGAUGGUAUCGCUAGUGUCGAAAGUUUUCCGAAGACGGAAGAUGGAAAUGACUCAUUAAACAGCAACGAAUUGGAUGUCAACGAACUCGAGCCUCAAGCUCGUAGCCGUCGCUGUAGAGAGGUGAAAAAACGCAAAGAGGAAUUGUCGCACGUGCCCGGCAGCUCCAAAACCAAGCGUGUCAAGCGAGAUUUGCGAAGAUCCGACCAGCAAAACAAAGAAGAGACCCUGCUGGACAACGAGGUUGCUAAAAUCAACGAGAACAACAGAUCAUUCUUGAGCAAGUAUGGCAGCGUUAGUGCCAACGCCAGUGCGAGCGCCAGUGCCAGCGCCAGUAUCAACGUCAGCGUCAGCGUCAGCGUCGACCGCACAGACAGCUUUCGUGGAUUCUUCGAGCAAGGUGGAUUGGAUAAGGUCGACAAAGAUCCUAAUUUGCGCAGCAAAUCGGAAAACGACAUAACGAUCGUUGGCGCAAAGACUGGCGGCAAGAGCGAGAAACGACAACUCUCGCGAAACCUAUCCGAGAAUCAUGUGUCGCAACAGACGAUUGACAAUAUAGACAGUAUGCUGGAAAACGAACGCAAGACUCUCAAGACACCGGAGCUCGUGCACAAGGAUUCCGACGAGACGUCCACAUCCAGUGAAUCAUUCAACAGCGGCACGCCAAAGAUUCUGGAAACGCCUGAAGACAAAGAGAGGAAAGAGUCAAUUUUGCGAUUAUUGGGACUCGAGUCUCUGGAGGAGGCGGCAAAGAGACAAAAUCAGCAAAAGACGAAAAAGGAACAGUCGUCAUCCACAGGUACUUUGAAGACGAUCAUCAGAGUAUCGCAAAAGGAGAAGGACAAGGACAAGAGAGGAUCGCGAUCUCCGUUGAAAAUGGUUCUCAAGCAGCAGGGACGUGGAGACGGAGAGGGUGAUUCACCCGAAUUUUACACCAUUCAAAAGGAGUUUGGAACCAGUGGUUUGGGAGAUAGCAGCUCUGGUGCGAACCGAAAGUUCACUACUAACCACAGACAUUCUUGCGAUGACGAUAAUGAGGAAACUACGCCCAAGGAUCGUCAGUCGCUUGUUAUUCCAGAGAAAUCAUCAUCUUUUUCUAUACAUCCUGGGCGCGUGUGCGCCGACGUAUGUUGCUACUGCUUUGGAAAGUUUGGUUCUUUGGACACGCCAAUGCAUCUAGCCCAAAUAAAAUCUGAUGAGAGGCGCAAAAAGAUUUUGAACAUAGAGAGACAUCUUACAAAAGAUUCAUGUCUGUGUGACGCGUGCUAUCGUCAUGUUGAUAGAAAGGCGAACACUAGCCCGACAAACAUGCAGCAAAAGCCGCAGAAACAACAUAGACAAUUGAUGAUGGCAAAGUGCUCAGCUCGCGAAUGUCGUGAUCCUGCGCGGCAUCAUGCUAAACGCCGUUGGUUGCUCAAGAUAAGACCUGGCCUUCAGAAUCAGGUCGACAUAGACUGGGACUCAAGUCAACACACCACGAUGUCAUUCUGCGUUAAUCAUUACGAGAAGGUUGGACGCUUCUUGACGUGCGCGCUCUGCAAGCGCCGACUCACUCGACAACACACUUACCCGCUGACUAACGCAGAAAUCGACGACUUGAAUCACCUGCUCGAUCCGCAAGGAAUUCCCGUUUUACUAGCAGUCGGCACAUUCGUGUGCAAACUAUGUCGUUACUUCGCACAGCUGCAACUCAAGUACAGGGAGGUCGACAAUAUGAGUGUGAAUCACAGGAGCUUCUGCAAGAGUUAUCGAAAGCGGAUUCUGCAUAAUCUCGGAAUCGACGUGAUUGAUGACGAAGACGACGAUUCAUCCCAACAGGUGAAUCAAGCGAGUCAGAUCAAGGACAGGAAGAGCAAGAAGAGCAUCAAGAAUUUACAGUCCAAAAGUGUAAACUCCAAGUCUCCGGAACGCACGAGCGGUACGUCGGAGAAGUCGACACCGGAACCGAACAAGAAUGAGAGUACGACGGAAUGCAGCUCUGAAAUGGGUAACGAGAGUCGCGCCCCCAGGUCGGUCAACGAUGAAAAUGUCAGUAUGGGUGCUCAAUAUCUCGAGGGCACCAUGGAAAACCUGAAAAAGCGCAAGAUGCUCGAUAUGCACGCAUAUCCGCCGGGCACGUCGAUCUCCUCUUUGUGCGACGGUGUGGUGGCGAAUGGGAUGACACUCGGGAUGGACGAGGUUACCUUGACACGAUUGCCAAAGAGAUCGAGGCUCAGUAGUAACAAUAACAAUAAUAACAGCAAUGACAUAACGCCUGUGGUGCAGAGACUCGGUGCAAAUCCCUCCAUAAGCGUACGUACGCUUUUCCCGGGCGAGGAGGAGAUGAAUCUUCACGUAAACAUUGAGUUUCAGAAUGUGCGCGAAGUCACGCCGCAAGGAUGGGAGAAGUGUGCGACGAUGAUCCAGUAUGAUCGCGAGACCAAGCAUCUUUGGCAACAGUUACAGCGACCGUACGGCAAUCAAAGCUCCUUCCUGCGGCACUUGAUCCUUCUGGAAAAGUAUUACAGAGCCGGCGAUCUGAUAUUGGCGCCAAACGCCUCGCGGAAUGCAAUCAACUACUCUACAUCGGUGCAAAAUAGACUGAUAUCAUACGAAGGUCCGGAGAAAAUGGAUGAACCUAUAAUGGAACCGAUUGCGACGGAGUACAGUAAUCCGCGCCGUUUGAGCGGCGGCUACGUGCUGGAAAAAGAUAGACUGUCCGUGCCCGGCACGAGUUUGAUAUCCAGAUUGUCGACUAACGGCAGCGGCAAUGCGUCGUCAUCGCAUUCGGCGAAAGUGAACUCGCCGCGGAUGCUCAAACUCAACUCGGGGGUGUCAAUUAUAAAAAAAUCGCCUCCAAGUUUGCAACGAUUGAGUCUGCCGUCUACUAGCGGCAGCGGUAAUAAUGUCAGUGGCAAUGGCAAUGGCAAUGGCAACGGCAGUAGCAGUGGUAAUAGCAGUGGUAGUGGCAGUGGCAGUGGCAGUGGCGGUACUGCCGUGACGACAAACGGUGGUGGCGGUGUGAAGCGGAGAGACGGCCAGGUUUUAUCCGCCGUUUACGGCAGCGGCGGCAAGGUGUUUCAAUUGAGCGAGUCGGACAUGAAGCGAAUGCAAACGUACAAACGGCAGAAAUUAAAUGACAGACCUGUUGCCGGCACGAACAACGGGUCGCCAACUAGCGGAAGCAUCAGAUCGCAAUAUCAGAAGACGCAGAUUGCUGUUUCCGGCCACAACCAGCAGUUUCAGAGGCACUUGCGAAUGCAGCAAGAGAUGUUGAGUCGUCAAAGCCGUGGUGACUUUGAACCACUGAUAUGCGACAUUACGCGUACUGCUACAUGUGCGAAUGAAAACAGUCCGACAACCGGUCAAAAUAUCCUUCACAACCUCAAUUUGCCCAAGUCGAUCCAGGUGACAACCAAGCCGACGUCGUCGACGAACACGCCGAUUCCGAUUUUGCCGAAAAUCCCGAAAUCUUUGACGGUAAUACCGCAAACCGUCACGAGAUCUGUUGAAAAGUGAGAAUGAGAGAUGUAAGUAGACGUUGUGUACGCAGCAGUUUCUUUUUUUUUUCUUCGUUUCUUUUUCUCUUAAAGGAGAAAACGCAGUGCGGUGAGAAUGGAAGAUCGAUGGAAGAUUGGUACAAGAUUUUACUUGUACGCUUUUUUACGCGUUGAUAUCGAUCAAAUCUCGAAAUUGCCGCCAAAACGAAGCAAGAUGAUAAUGAUGAUUAUGGUCAGUGCUCUGAGAGCAAUUUCUGCCUUAUGUGAGCGCAUCGCGAUAUGCACUUACCGAGCCUGAACGCUCAAAAACACACAUUGAUUUUACCUUAUGAUUAAGACGAGACAAACUAUAGCGAUUUAUAUAUACUUGUUGCAUCGAUCGUGAUCAUAAACUUGUAAAUAGAUUAGUAGGAUAAUUCGAGCAAAUUGAGACACUCUUUGAUUCUAACGAUAUUAUACAUAUAUUAACAACCAAAGUUUCGCUAUAAAAUGCAUUAACGAAAAACGUGUUUAACAAUGCUGUUUCCACGGAAAGUGCCUAAAAUGACAGGAGGUAGGCGGGAAACCGUUACAUUUAUUACGUAAUUAUGCAUAUGAGAUUCGGAUUCUCUCAAUGCGGUACAUACCGUAGGUACCUCGUACGUACCUCGCGAGUCUCUAGUGAAUAUUGGUACAAUCUGUAGAGUGAGCUUUCAUGAAGAAAGAUCGAUAAUGGUCGAAGCUUACAGUGACAAUACGAGCGGAAUAAAUUCACAAAGUUUACGGAUUUCAGAAUGUCCUGUAUUAUAGAAGGUGUGGGGCACCGUAAUCAACAAGGGGAGCUUUCCGACUAGACGGAACAAGUCGACGCAAACGUCGUUUUAUCUUUCUUUUCUUUGGCAAUGAGUAACAAAGACAAAACGACACUUGCGUCGACUUGUGUCGCUUGCCGAAAAGCUCCCAAGAUAAUUCCCCAAGCAGAAGCCUCUCGUUGGACCGCCAACUGUCGCUUGUAAAUAUUUUCAGAUACGAUCAAAUAGACGCGCAUGUGUUUCCGUAUUGAAAAUGUCUUCUCAAAGAUUAAUCGAUUAAAAAGGAAAAAAAUAGAUUUUUACGCAAUCAGAAAA